AUAAACCAGAUCUUCCUAGAAAUCUUAUUCUCGCAAAACAAUUGAGUACAGAAAGUUCAAUUACUGUAACAUGGACUCCUGGCAAUGACAAUGGCCAUCAACAAACGUUUAUAUUAAUGUAUAAAAAGGUAUCAGAUGAUGAAUGGAAUAAUGUGUCAGUAUCUGAUACAGGGGAAUAUGAAAUGACCUACACUGUUACCGGAUUAUCAAGCGGGACAUACUACGAGAUUGUGUUGUAUGCUUCUAAUAUGCUGGGGAACUCGGAAGAAUCUGAUAUAAUACUUGCCAAAACUAAAGGAAAAGCAAAGGUACAAGAUUACAAUAACGGCGCCUGUAAUAAUGACAUAAAAGCAGUGAUUGUAGGAGUUGUACUUGGAAUAAUCAUCGUGAUAGUCGUGACAUAUGCUGGAUAUGUUACAAUACUACUGAAACGAAAAGGUGAAAACACAGCGGGCAAUAACUCUGGACAGCCCACUAAGCUGACUAAACACAAUGCACCUUUAUAUACAAAUAUGGUGUUCUCAACAAAUGUUGGUGAUGACCAACAGGGAACAGACCCAGAUGAAUCCAGAGAGUCUCAAUAUACGUCACUGAAGACAGAACUAAAAGACGAUAAACAAACAUAUGACGUAUUAGGAGUGUAGUGUUAAAUAAUUGAAGACGAAGUUCAGCUGAAAGGCAUUUUACUUAUGAUAUUUAAUUUACAAUUUUGAAUACUUGUGAACGUAAAACAAAACUGAGAAAAAAAAUGAACGAGUUCAACGAAACCAGCAGCGAUCUUAAUUUGAACAAAUGUUAGCUAUUAAGUCUAAAUAUGAACAUUGAUCUUAAUAUAUAAUCAUAUUUAUUGCAUUGAUAUACUAUGUACAUUAUCGAAAAUAGAUUGCAGCUCUUUGUGACAGUUAUUAUCACAAAAUGUGCAAACAUUUAAGAAAGAUCAACUGUUCAUAGAUACAUUCAUAACUGAUACGAUGGAAAAGCAAAUGUAAUUCUGAAAAAGUGUCACGUCUUUUUGUGAUAGUUACAAAGUUCCUGAAGUUGUCCUUAUGGUAUUCUUCCGUAG